AUGGCCACAGCUCCUCCACCUCGACCACCGCGUCCUGGACGAAUUCGAGUAUUUCGUGCACUCUACGAUUACACGGCUAGAUCGACUCAAGAGAUGUCAUUUUCCGAGGGCGACAUCAUUUAUGUCUCCGAAGAGGGUCCAAAUGCCGAUUGGCUUUCGGCGAGUUGCGGCGGAAAAAAGGGACUCGUGCCGGCGAAUUAUGUGGUAAGUGAACAGGUCGAACAUCUACAGAAUCCAUUACACGAGGCCGCGAAACGGGGAAAUAUCGAAUUCCUCAAAGAGUGCCUACAGAAUGAGGUUUCCAUCAACAGUCUCGACAAAUCCGGCUCAACAGCUCUCUAUUGGGCUUGCCACGGGGGACAUGUCGAGAUGACAAGUUAUUUGCUGCAAAACACGAAAAUCAACAUUUUGGCAAAAAAUAAAAUCGGCGACACGGCACUUCACGCGGCUGCCUGGAGGGGACACCCGGAUUGUGUGAGAUUGUUGCUGGAACGGGACGCUGAUGUUUGGACGAAAAACGAGAACGGAAAAACGGCAUCCGAGGUGGCCAAAGAUCCUGAGACAGCGGCUCUUUUGUCAGCAAAGAUGCGAUCGGAUCGUUGUAAUGAGGAUGAAAUCAACGAGUACGCGAGCGAAUCAGACAACGAU